AUGGCGCAGCAGAAGCCGCACGUCGUGCUGGUGCCGUUCCCGGCGCACGGCCACGUCGCGCCGCACGUGCAGCUCGCGCGCGCCCUCCACGUCCGCGGCGUCCACGCCACGCUCGUCCACAACGAGUUGCACCACCGCCGCCUGCUGCGCGCCGCCACGGCGGCGGCGCCGGACGAGGCCUUCGCCGUCGAGGUCAUCCCGGACGGGCUGUCCCUCGACGACCCGCCGCGCACCCUGCGGGCGUACCACGAGGCGAUGGAGCGCAACUGCCUCGAGCCGUUCAAGGCGCUGCUCCGUGACCUGCUGCUGGGCACCAGCAGGCCCGGCGUGCCGCUGGUCAGCUGCGUCGUCGCCGACACCCCGAUGCCAUUGGCGGCCAUGGCGGCGCGCGAGGUCGGCGUCCCGGACGUGCAGUUCUUCACGGCGUCCGCGGCCGGCCUCAUGGGCUACCUCCAGUUCCAGGAGCUCCUGGCGAGGGAGAUCGUCCCGCUUAACCCCGCCUACGAGACCGACGGCUCCCUCGACGCCCCGCUGGACUGGGUACCCGGGAUGAAGGGCGCCCUGCGGCUCAGGGACAUGCCCACGUUCUGCCGCGCCACGGACGCCGACGACGACUGGCUGCUGCACUUCCACGUCCACCAGAUGAAGACCGCCGCCGCCUCCAAGGCCGUCAUCCUCAACACGCUCUACGACAUGGAGAAGGACGUCGUCGACGCGCUCGCGCCGCUCCUGCCGCCCAUCUACACCGUCGGCCCGCUCGCGAGCGUCGUCCACGGCGGCGGCGGCAGCAGCAGCGGCCCCGCCGGCGGCCCGACGACGACGAUGGUGGGCGUGUUGCAGGAGGACAAGGAAUGCAUGGCGUGGCUCGACGGCAAGGCAGCGUGCUCCGUCGUGUACUUCAGCGUCGGCAGCCACGCCAGCAUGGGCGACGCGCAGCUGAAGGAGAUCGCGUCCGGGCUGGCGCGCUGCGGCUCUCCCUACCUCUGGGUCCUGAGGCCAGAAAUGGACGCUGAGGUCGAGGUCGGCAAGGACGGCCUCGUCGUGCCGUGGUGUCCGCUGGAGGCCGUGCUCAACCACCCGGCCGUGGGGCUGUUCGUCACCCACUGCUGCUGGAACUCCAUUCUAGAGAGCGUCGUCGCCGGCGUGCCGGUGCUCGGAUGCCCCGUGCUAUCUGAGCAGACGACCAACUGCCGCCAGGUGUGCAUGGCGUGGGGCAUCGGCGGUGAGCUUCCUCAGGGAGCGGGGAGCGACGAGAUAGUGGCGCUCAUGAGGGAGAUGAUGACCGGGAGGAAGGGGAAGGACGCAAGGGAGAAGACACUGCAGUAUGUUGAGGUAAUGGAUACGCAAAAGAAGAUCAAGACUUACUGGCCGGGCAAGGCAGCACUAAACGACUCCACGUAUGGAGAACUAGAGACCAAGGUGAAGGCUCUAGUCAAGACUAAAGUCGAUGUUGAUUCUUCUAAACUUAUACCUGUCGUUAGUUUCUUAAAUUUGUCAUCUUCAUUUCUAUAUCCAUGUGGUUAUUAUGAGAAUUAUGUUGCCAGGAGCAUGAUGUGCAUGCAGAUAUGGUGUACUAAGAGUGUUUUGUAUGUCAGCUAUUAA